AUUAAAAUAUUUUUAUUUUUCUAUUAUAUAUUAUUUAAAGUCAUAUUUGAAUAAAUUUAUUUUAAUGAUGAUGUAUGAAUUAUUUUUAUAUUCUAAAAAGUUUGUCAAAAAUAUAAACUGAAGUUAAAUGUAGUAAUCUAUGUUAAUUUAGAUAUAAGCUAUGUCAUUAUUUUUAUUAUGCCAUGUCACAUUCUUUUUUAGUGUAAGUGAAUGUAGAGAAGACACUUAGAUAAAAUGUGUAAAUCACUUCACAAAUAAUUGAUAAACAAUGUUUUCUCAAAAAGAAAAAUCACUAAUAAUGUCUAUAGGAUUAUUUCCCACUUCGUGUCAAAAUUUUAAUUUGCUUUAUCAUCAUAUAUACUAAAGACAAGUCAUUUCUUUUAAUUAUUAAUUAUAACCAAUAUUAUAUCUUGUUGUAGAAUAGUGUCAUCAUCGUCAUCAGCAUAAUGUUGCUCUUAAAUAUAUACUAUUGAUUUCAAUUAUUAUCUAAUCUAAACUAUGGAUAACUGUUACAAAUUAAAAUAUGAUCGGAGUUCCUCAUCAUUUUCUGAAUUUCUUGAUCCUUUUUGUUUAAGUGAUAUAAAAAAAGAUAUCUAAUAAAGGAUUAUCUUAUAAGUAAAUGAAACUAUAAACUAUGUCCAAAACUUAUAACUAACCAAUCUUAGCAAAUAAGAAUAAAUUAAAAGAUUGUUUUCCUACACAGAGUUGACAUAUAAUUUUGGAACAUUAAUUGGCAAACCAAUACAUAUCCUCAAGCUUACACAAGUAUUUAUACAUCUUCAUUUCUUGGACCUGAUGAAUGCAUAACAGUUUUCAGAUUAAAAAAAAUAUGAAACUCCCGCGAGGCUCCAUGACCAUUCUUGCUCUCUAUAUUUUUAUCCAUCACAUGGAAGCACUCGAAGUCGGUGGACCGACACAAGAACUGAUCAAUAGUAUUUGCAUUGAGAGCGGAGAUUAUGAACUUUGCAAAGAAAUCAUUCACAAACAUUUAGACACAAAAACAACUAAUCUCUUAGAUCUCACCCAUCUGAUAUUACGCAUCGCUACUGAACACGCAAGUGAUACAUAUGUUUUCAUCGGUAAUAUCUUGCGUGAACAUCCUGAUCCUGAGGAGACGACUGGUCUCAACACUUGUCUAACGGCUUACACUGACGAAACCACAACUUUCUUGAAAGUACGCCAUGAGUUUUGUCGGGAAGAGUACGAACGUAUGAUCAUAGACAUUUUAUCCACAAGAAAGAUCUUGAAAAGAUGCAGGACCGAUUUUCAGAUUCCUCUGAACAAGAAGAAGCUUUUGAUUGAGAAGAGCAGAGUGAUGAAAAUCUUGAUCACCAUGUCUGCGGUUUCGGGGUAUAUGGUGAAAAAUGGAAAUGGUUAUUUGCUUAACUCACUUGCUACCGAGCCUUGCUUUUUCAAUGAUGUAAAUCAACUAAGUAAUAUAUUAAUAAGCAGUUUGUAACAAAGAAGUCCAAUAUAGUUUUUGGAAAAAAUUGGAUUAUCUUUGGUUUUAAUAAGUUUAAGAUUAUUUAGUUAUAUCAAACAAAAAUCUUAUUUAAAACCAUAAGAUUUGGAUUUAUAUAUAUUUAUCAACAACUUCACAAAACACUAUAAACUAUAACAAAUCUAUUAAAAUUCACUACUUUAAUUGUUUUAAAUAGCAUUGGAUGUUAUAGUAAAUUUUAAAUUCAUAGAUUCCAUAACACAUAGUUUUUAAAAAAUAUAUAUAUAACUGAAUAACUUAUGAUUCAUAGGUUUAAUACAAAUCACUCUAAGUCUCAGAUUGAAUAUACUCACUAAUUAUUAAGUGUUAAAAAUAGAAAUAUAAUUUCAUUGUGAAUGUGAAACAUACAAUAUAAUGGUUUGUUUGUACUUAUAUAAAAUGUAUAUACAUAAAAAUUAUUAAUUUAUAAUUUUAAUAGGAUCAUAUAUUUACCUACUAUUUUCUACAAAACUAUUAUCUUAUUAUUUAUCAAUUUAUGUUAGAUUUUGAAUCGACCAAAUUUGGAACCAGAGAAAUUUAUUAAUUUUUAGUGUUUAUUAAUUUAUUAAUUUUAACGAUGUUAUUAUAAUUUAUAUUUAUGAAUUUAUAGUUAAGAACUCUACAAUAACACUAUAAAAUAUAACAAAUCGCGUAUAAUCCAAUAUGUAAAAUGUAUUAUAAAAUCACAAAUUCAAUAAACACAUAGUUUAAAAAAAAAUUAAAUAACAUACGACUAGUCACUUUAAUAUAAUUACUCUAAAUUUCAGAUUUAAUACAUCCACUAAAGACAUAGUUUUAUUUUCUCUAUAAUUUCAAUACAUAAUAAUCGUGCAAAACAGUAUCAGUUAUAAGUUAUAAACUAGAGCUUAACCCGCACGUCUGUGCGAGUGUUUGUUUUAACUUGUAAAAUCAUUAUAAACCAUUGGUAAUUACUGUUUGUAUAAACUGUGGCAAACAUUAUUAGAUUUUUGUUGGAUUGUUACUGUGUUGAGUGAAUUUUUUAACACAAAUAAAUGAUUAGUAAUACAUUUAUCUAUUAAUUAUUUUGUUUUAUUAGUUUCGUUGUUAAUUUUAUAUUGUACCCAUACCACAGUAUUUAAAAUGCUGAAAUUAUUAAUUACAUAUAUAUAUUAUAUUAUAAAUGGAGUACAUAUUUUUGGACAAUAAAAAUGUAAUAUUAAAGAGAAUCACGUUUGGAUUUCAAAUUAAUUAUGCUUGAUUAAUUAAUAAAGUUAGAUUUGGAGUGGGUCACGUUUUAUUAUAACAAAAUCCACAGGAAAGAUAAUUGUUGUAUUGAUUAAUCAUUUGUUUUAAAUGCAGUGGCAUAGACUUUUAAUUAUUUAGAAAAAAUUAGGGUUAAAUAUUAAAUGUUUAAUAGAUUAGAUGCUUGAUUAUAGAGAAUAUAAAUAAUAAAGUUAGUUUUGGAGUGGGUCACGUUUUGUUAUAACAAAAUCCACAGGAAAGAUAAUUGUUGUAUUGAUUAAUCAUUUGUUUUAAAUACAGUGGCAUAGACUUGUAAUUAUUUAGGAAAAAUUAGGGUUAAAUACUAAAUGUACUUCAGUUUUAAUAGAUUAGAUUUUAAAUGCUUAGAAAUUUUCAUCUAAGACUAUUUACCAUUACGUAUAAAUGUUUUUAUUAUAUUUUUGACUAUUAAAAAAAAAUAUAUAAUAUUUAGAUUUUUUCUCUUUAUCUUUUACUCCUUUACCCCUACUCGAAUAAUCCAUUUUUUAUUUUAUCUUUUAGAGGUCCAUACCUCUGUAGGUAAACAAUUGAGAUUUCAUGUAUAAGACUUUAAACUUCAGUCUGCAAUCAUCUACGUAGUCAAACAAAAUCUUCUUCAGUUGGUAUUCUUUUGUGUGUUGUUUAUCAUAUAUCAAGACAUUGACUGGAUUUUCUUCUGUUAUGGUAAAUAUUUCUGUCAUUUCACAGAAAAGGUGAUAAAAUCAUGCAAUCACUUUUGAAAAAAAUGACACAACACGCAGUUAAGAGUAUACUAUAAUCAAAAUAUUCUAUUCAGAAGCUUCUUUAUUGCAAUUCUCUAUACUAAGAGCAUCAUUAAGGGGGUCUUUUAAAUCCGUCUCUUAGUGUUUAGAAUUUUAAAAAAAGAAAGAAAAAUAGCAAUUAUCUGAAACUAUGUCUCUUAAUCAAGCAAAAGAAGAGACGUCUCUUCUGGCUCUCUCUAUCCUGAAGAAGGAAGAAAGAAGAAGAAGUCAUGGCAGGAGUAGGACUUUUCCGGUGUAAUCUCUUCAUCUCCUUUCCUCUACAAAUCUUCCCAGAUGUUGAUGAUGUUGCUCUCUGUUUCUCUCUUUUUGGGGAUUUGGGGAUGUGAGAAAUUCCACUCAAUCGCUGACCAUGAAUCCUCAUAUGACGACAGAACCGGAUGCUCCGACGCGCGGCGGUACUGGAUCGAUACGGCGAGGCAGUUAGCAGAUUUGACGAUCUCGGUGACGUAGUCGUGGUAAAUGGGAGAGAAAGGUGACUCGAUGAUCCAAGCUCCGCCGUGGAUGUAGAUGAGAAGAGGUAGUUUCUUACCGGCGGUGGCUUUGUGAGGGUGGAAGAGAUGGACGGAGAGGUUAUGCUCCGGUGAGUAUAGUACGUCUUUUGUAACGAUGUCGUUUGUUUUGUCUAGUGAUGUUGGAAUGAUUUUGGUGCCGGUGAGACGCUCGACGCGACCGUCUUUGUAAAUUCUGAUGAAGGGAAGAUGCUCGGAGACGUUUGAUGAUGGAUUUUUUUUUUUUUUUGUGUGUGUGUUCAGUUGUUUUUUUUUGUGUGUGUUCAGUUGCUGAUGUGAAUGUCAAAAACAAUGGUGGUCGCACUGCUCUUCAUUAUGCAGCAAGGGAUGGUUGGAAAUCGCUCAGCUUUAUUUUAAAUCAGAUGAACGUGUGCCUACUGAGUUGAAGAAAUCAAUCAUGCAAGCCCGAGGGGAGAAGAAGCUCACCCAUUCCUAACUUGCUCAACUGAUCAAUGAGAAGCCACAAGUGAUCCAAGAAUACGAGUCUGGGAAGGCAAGGCUGGUCAGUUGAGUACAUGCUUACAGGUCAGAGAUAUACUCGGUCUAUCAUUGGAAGGUGAAUUUCACUUUCCACUUACUAGUUUCUUUUCUUGCAAAAUUGAUAUACUGAGUUUAAUAGUAUCCAUUGGUCUUAUCAGAAUAUACACUUGUUAGAAUUUAGGAAUAGGUGAUAGAUGUUAUUAUCUCUAAAACGAGAAAUUUUUGUUUCUUAACUAGAGUUCUGAUUUGAUUUGCAAUGUUAAAAUUUUUGUAAUGUUAAAACUUUUGUUUUAAGAACCUCUAAAUAAGAAAAUAGCAUUGGAGUGAAAAAUCAAUGUGUUUCUUAACUAGAGUUUUUAAUUACAUUCAAUUACUAAAAUAUUUAUUAAGAGACCCAAAUGGGUUUGGGGGUUAAUGAUGCUCUAAUAUACAUUUCAAAUUAUCCCAGAUGAAAAUUCAGUCAAUGUCUUCAUAUAUGGUAAAUACAUGUUUUUGAAUAAUACUAUUUUUUUUUGUUUUUUUACAAAACUAACUUUGAGCAUGACUGGUUUUUCCACUAUCACCCAUAAACACAAUUUUUACAGUUGUUAACGGUUGUUAGUAUCUUAUAACAAUCACAGAAAAUGCCAUAAACUGUUUCAAACCAUUUUGAAUCUUUUAAAUCCAAAAAUUGGUUCCAGCUAACGUUUGCGGUUGCAGGAGAGUAAUUUUUUUUUUUAUAAAACUAUGUAAAUAUAAUAAUAUAAUGUUCAAUUAAAUUUUAAAAUUGAAAUAAUCUGAAAUACUAAAACAUAUAUUAUAUUUUCAUUUAUAUUAAAAAUUAAAAAAAUGUAUAUUUUCACAUUUAAAAAAAAAAUUAGCUGUAUAAUUUUAUAAAUAUAAUUUUAUAUUUAUUAUAGUAACAUGGUAUUUAUUAUUUUAUAAUUAUUUAAAAUGUUAAUAUUGUUAAUUUAUUAUUUAGCCACUGAUGUGUUUGGUAAUUAACCAGUCAUAAGUAUUCCGCAAACGUAUAAGUUUCUAACCGUUGUAUCAGUUGUACAAAUCUCUUAAUAACGUUUAGAACCGCAAUCUUUGUGUUUACACCAGUCAGGUUUCUUGUCUGUAAAGAUAUUUUUAUCCCAAUUUGAUAAAAACAAAUACAAAUUAUAGUAACUAACUUAAAUUUUUAAUUAUUAUCAAAUUAUUAUAAAUUAAAAAAAAAAACUCGAUUAGUUUCCAUUAUUGUUAUUUUGAAUCUUUGUUGAGAUUUAUUAUUGAAGUUGUUACCAUUUGGUGUUUUCACAGCGAAAAAAAAGAUCGAAUCUCUUGUUUUAGGUGUUCAACCUUUUCACAUCAUCAUAAAUACUGACAAUUCAAACAUUUUAUGAAUGGAAAGGCUACAUCAAAUUAUCUAUACGAGUUUCUCUGUGUUCGGUGCUCCAUGCCAAGAAAAUUUCUAGCAUAUAUUUUCAGUUUAAAAUGUAACAAAGAUAAGAGAACUAUAUUAACACACUCAUUGAUUAUAUUUUUUUUACUGGAUUUUUGUUUUUUAUUAGAUAAAAUUAUAGCAAUUUGUUUGGAUUGUUUCGUGUAUGUAUGCUCUAUAUGAAACAAGAAAGAAAAACCCAGUUUAGGAUAGGAGAUCAUUUAGUUUUCUUUUUAAAAUUGGAUAUUAUGUUAUUACAAACUAUUAGAAAUGUUAUAGACGAUUCUACAAGCGAUAAUUCUAUAUGUUUUAUGAAAAAAUAUGUUUAACUGUAUCAUCUGAACUGUCUUAUAGGAUCCACCAUUGACGGUGCUCCUUGCACCAUGCCAUAGACCACAUUGUAAAUAUUUUCUCUUUUAAUUUGCAUAAUCCGUCUUAUUCGGAACUCGAAACCUAAAUCUCCGGGUAUAGAAACAUAAACUUUUAGUCAAACCAUUGGAUCAAGGAAACUUUAUUUAGUUGUUUUCGUAAAGUCAUCAACAGUUUUUAUAUUUUAAAAGGUUAUAUCCUUGCUGGUAAUUUGGUUUUCAUUUUUCUAAACAAGUAUUUUAUGUUCUAAAUCAAUAUAUUAAAUUAGAUAUUAGAUACUAUAAACACUAAACUUGGACAAUUUAGUAAUUUCACAUAUGAAUAGGUGUAGUUUUCAAAAAUAAAAGGUUAGUGUAAUCUUCAAAAUUUACUAUCAUCUAAAUGUAUUUUUCCAAUUUUCCUUUUUUUCUGGCAUGAUACGUAUUGCUGUAAUUUCACAGAAAAGGUGAUCAAUCAUGCAAUCACUUUUGAAAAAUGACACAACAACACACAAUUAA